AUGAAUAAGCAAGGGUGUAAAUUGUUCUUUGCUGUAAGGAACUCGAUUUCCGAUAAUUUGGACAAAGCAGAAAACUAUAAAUUUAAUAUUGAAGGCAAUUUCAAUGAGUAUUGUACUAAUGGUCAAUGCAGUAGUAAUCUCGGAAAAAUUAAUGCUGGAUGUUUAUUUUUGUUUGAUGCAUUCUUUAAGGAUUAUUCUGUGUUUAGUUCUGUUGCAAAAAGUAACAUCAAUAUUGUUGAUUACAUUAUCAUAUGGUUAAAUCAUAUGUUAAACCUAAAGAAAAGUGAAGAACAUAUGAGCAAUUUACAAUAUUUUUAUAAUACAUAUAUAAAUGGUGGCAAUAUGUAUAAAAAUCCGAUAACAGGUAUUAAGGAGUAUAAUAGUUAUAAGAAUCUUAUAGAUAAAAAACUUGAUUUGAUAAAUAUGGAUAUGAAUAUUAUAUCUAAAUUUUAUGAUGCAUUUAAUACAUUAUGUAUGAUGUAUAUUGAAUUUGAUGAAGAAAAAUCAAAUUGUACGAAAUGUUUGAAAUAUGCUAAUGAGUUUGUUAAAAAAUAUAAAAUUCUUAAGGAAGAUUCUAGUAUUACUGAAAAAAGUGCAUGUAGUCAAAUAUUGUCUAGUUUAUCAAAUUAUUAUGAUGAUUUUAAAAGUUAUUGUACUAGUAAAGGUGGUAAUUGUGAACAGUAUCCAUCCAUUCCAACGAUAGAAACACCACAAAUUUAUGUAGGAAGUUCUGCAAAAAGCUCUGGACAAAUUUCUGAAGAUGCAUCAUCAAGUUCAUCGAUAACAAACAAAUUAUUUAUAGUUUUAUCGAUAUUUGGUGCAAUAGCAUUUUUUUUAGGAAUUUCUUAUAAGUAUUCGUUAUUUGGAUUUCGGAAACGAUUUCAAAAACAAAAAUUAAGAGAAAAACUAAAAAAUAUAAAGAAGAAAAUGAAUCAUUAA